AUGGAAUUACAACCAACUCAAUCAUUCUUGUCUGAUGUUUAUCUUUCUCAUGAUUAUAUUGACCUUAUUAAAGAAAGGAAUUAUGUUUUUAUUCAAUCUCUUCAUUCCCUUCCUUUUCCUGUUCAGAGAGAAUUUGUUGCUCAACUCUUUUUAUUAAUUGGUGUUAAACAAAAUGAAGACCUAUUAAAUCUCCCAGUAAACAAAGUAAUAGAAAGAGUAUUAAUGUCUGAAUCUCUUCUUGGAAAUGAACUUCUUUAUUUUCAUUUUAUUUCUUUAUCACGUAAUUUUCCUGACUUAUUUCCUUCUUUUCUUUCUUCUUCAUUACUUCCUGACUCUCUUGAUUAUUGGAAAGAGUUGAUAGAUGAAAGAAUGACUCCAUUUUGUAGAAUAGUAUUAAAUGAUCUUCUUACUCAAUAUAACAUCAUUCAUUAUCCGUCAUUCAAACAAACCAUUACAUUCUUCAAAUCAUCAAUUCUUGAAAAUCGUUUAUCAAUUAAAAUUCUUUUUUCAAUCAUUUAUCAACUCAUUCAAGAAAAUCUCCUUUCAAAUCACCAAGUGCUGAUUGAAUGUGGGGUUUGUAAUCAUCCUAUUAAUGGAAAAUACCCAAUUUGUUGUGAGUGUUUAAUGAAAGAAUUAAUUGACAAUGAACAAUAUUAUCGGUGUUUGAAUGAAAGUAGUCAAUACUCACAGAAAUUGAUUGUGGUACUUGAAAAAAAUGAGGAAGAAAUUGAACAAAAAAUAAAGAAAGAGGAAGAAGUUGUCAAAAUACUUGAAAAAGAAGUCAAUGAAUUAACAGAAGAACAAAAGACAUUAGAAGAAAAGAAGAGAGGAAUUACACAAAUGAAAGAAAUAGAAAAAGAAGUUAUAAAAAAACAUUUCAUGGUGAUGAAUGAAAUGAACAAAGAAACACAAGACAUUAAAGAAGUGUUUGAACAAAAUAAACCAUAUUGUGUUGAAGAAGUUGAUUGUUGGAGAAAUGUUUUCAACACCGAGUAUGAUAAAAAUGGACCUAUAAUCAAUGGGAUUAAUGUAAUAGAAUCGUUCAGAAGAAAAGAUAACAAAAACAUCAAAAUUGGAUUUUCAUAUAUAUUGUUAGAAAUCAAUAAAAUAGCAGAAAUGAUUGAUUAUCAUUCUAACCAAUUUGCGAUUGAACGAACAGCAGAAGCAAUAACAUUGAUUAACAAACAUGAAAUUAUUCGAUGUAGUGAUUUUACAACUCAAAAAGAAGAAAAAAGAAAACUAGAGAAAGGUUUAAAAAAUAUAUUAACUUUAGUAAAUGACAUGGGAAGACAUCUUUCAAUAGAAACACAAAACAAAUUUAAAUUACCAUUUUCCAUUGAAGAAGAAGAAAUUCAGAAAGUGAGUAUUUAUCCAGAUGAAAAAUUAGAAAGGUUUGGAAUAGCAUUGAAAUUUUUAAUGACAGACAUCAUGAGUAUUCGAUGUUAUCAUAUGCUUAUUGAUAACUAA